GCUGACACACCCAGCCUGUGGCUUAGUGGCAGGGCUGACUCACAGUGCAACCCUACACCAGUUUAGCACAGGGGAAGGACUGGUGGCCACAAAGCCUCGGAGUUCGCACGAACUGCCAUAAAACCAGUACAAACUUUAGGAGUAUCUCCAGAGACCAUCCCGCGUCAGGAUGUUUUUUUUAAGGAUACUUUUACUCCUUUUGGUAAUUACUGCAACAUUGACCCAGCACGACUUUAACGUGGGAGAUGCCGUUGUUCCAGUUCCAAUAUCACAAAAACCCAAAGAGCAGCCAGUGAAUCCGAAGAAACCUGGAAGUGAUGAUCCAAAAAAGCCAAGUUCGGGAGAUUCUGGUGGCUUUGGGUUUAAUCUGGAGGACGCUCUCAAACCAGGCUCCACCCUAGAACCAAAGAAACCUGCAAUCAAAUCUCCAAGUGGUGGAGGAGGAGGACACUUUGAUGACAAAGACCUGUUUGAUGUUAGCGAUGGGGGCUACAAGCCCGAUGGAGGACGCUCUGGAGGUCGUGCAGUGGACCCUGGCUACGAUAAUCAAGGUGGAGCUGAUCAACCUCAAGCAGAAAGUUCUGGACCAAUAGCAGGAAUCAUUAGUGCUGUAGGAGUUGCUCUGGUGGGAGCUGCAUCCAGUUACUUUGCUUAUCAGAAGAAGAAGCUCUGCUUCAAGAUGCAGGGAGGUGCAGACCCUGAGAGUGGGAAGAGUCAUCAAGGAGGUCGGUCUGACAACCAAGUUUUCAGCAACCUGGUCCAGAACAACUAGAUCCUCAGGCAGAACUUGAUCUGACUUUUCAGCCAACAACCUUAAGACCUUAAGGCCAGGUUGUUAUCUUUCAACUUUCAGCUUCAGCAAAGAACACAAUAGAAUUCUCUGUAAUGAUUUCAGGGCUUUUAUGUUGAUGUGUUUUAGCUUUGUGUAACUCUUGUAAACUUUAUACUCUGUUUUGUUCUUGUCAUGCCUGGUAACCUGUUUCAUGUAAUGAGUCACAGCAGGAAAUCUGCUUGCUCCAGUAUCCUCUGUAAAAACCUUGUAUCCUGGUUACAUCUGGGAAGGACCACCUUGGUGUCUGCUGCCUCAGGUUUCCUGUGGAGCAUCUAAACUGUUUCUCUAUUUGCAUCCCAAAUAAUCCAAAGACAAGGACAAUGGAAGGAACUAAGCCACUGUCCAGGUUCAGUGUUUUCACAUAAUGAGUCUUCAGCAGAAAGGCUCUAGUUAUCCACUGAACUGCUGGAAGACUCACAGAGUGAAACAAUUUCUCUAAACAAAUGCCUCAGAGCAGCAUGGCAAGAAAGAAAAUCAUUUGUAAAAAAAGACAUUUUUAGAACUGAGAGAAAAACCUAGAGCACUUAGUAUGAUGGGAGCUCUGAGACAAACAUGUUUAACAUGAAGAAACACGCGUGUGCCUCAUUUAGAUGUAUUUAGUUUUAUAAGACGUUGGUCAGAAAUCUUCUAAUUAUGUGGCUGGGUGGGAAUCCAGCUGUAGGAGCUUUAAUGUAAACUGCUGAAUGUCAUGUAAAAGAGGGCUAAAUAAAAAUGCACAUGGUAAAUGUACAGAAUAAGGUUUUGUAUGUGUGAAUGACCUUUAAACUUAGAAGCCCACGCAGAACUGUAACAAGCUUUAUGCUGUUUGAAAUAACUAGCCUUCAUUUUAAUGCUACGUUCUCCUUUUAGUACUGUUUUUUUAAUAUGUUUACACUGUUUCCUGGUGAACUUUAACACGUCAAACUAAACAUGUAAAGUAACUGCUUGGUUAAACUAGCCAACUGGCUGCGAACCUGCCAGUUAGCUGUCUGCUAUAGAUUAGCUUCAACAACUGCAUAAAGCUAUAAUCCACUUUUUGCAUAUUGACUUCUUUUUCAGUUGAAAAAAAUAAAUACUGAUACCUAAAAACAUGAAACAAGCAGAUUUGUUUUUAAAACAUUUUGUUUUUUGUCUCUCACAACUACAUAUCUGUUUAUAUGUAAGAAACAAAGGCUUUAGCUCAGUCCUUUUCAGAGUUUGUUCUGCUGAUUCUGCGGAGUUCAUAGAAAACGUUAUACCACUCUGUUGUUCUGCUGCUUCAUCUAGCUACUGUACUACUAUCUUUUCUCUUUUCAUUGAGCAGUCUCUGCUAUGGUGUCCAUGUUCGGUCCCUUUGAAAUGGCAUAUACAUGAUGAGCAUUAGGCUCUGCUGCAUACACAUAAUGAAAGAACUGAUAGAAAAAGGCUGUGUUGUUGCAGAAUGUCCUCAUUGUGAAAUACCAGCUGCAUCUCUAUGAGCUGUAAAUAAUCCACUCUUCUUGAUAUAUUUCCGUGCUUUACAACUUAAAUUGUCAGCUACUAUGAUCUCAGUUUGAAUGAUAUUUUUGUCUCUUUUACAAACAUUGACAUUGUGCAGGUCUGUUACAUGAAUCCAAAUGCAUGAUUUCUCUGUUAGUGGAUUUCUGGUGUGUACGUUUUUAAUAAAGUGUCGUACACUC